AUGCGGCUGCUGGCCGUGAUCGUGGGCGCCUUGCUGGUUGGAGUGCUGUCCAUCGUGCUUCUGGACCUCUCGGAAGGCAAGCUGCCCAAGGGAGCCCAAAGCAACCUUGGCAUCUAUGGGCUGGUCGCCGGCAUUUGCUCGGCGAUCGUGGGCUUGCAGUACUUGGCUGCAACGCUUCCAAAGACCCAACGCCUUGAGAAGCUGAACUUGCAGCGGAAAGUGCAACACAUCUUCACAGGUUUGGCGCUGACGGCGAUCUUUCUGCUUCUGCCCUGGAAGACCUGCGUCUUGGCGCUGGGCGCUGGCACCAUCUCCUUAGGAAGCCUGCAACUGGCUCGUUUCCUCUCCGACGCGGUGAAUGUGGAGUUCCUCCGGUUCUUUGGGUCAAUGCUCAAAGAAGAAGAGAGGACCAGCCGGAAGGCUCCAGCCGCCCUACACUUUUUGAUCGGGCUUUUCCUGUGUCUCAUCACCUUCCCUCGACGACUAGCACUGCUUUGUGCUCUGGUGGCCACCCUGGCUGAUCCCUUCGCGGCCAUCGGCGGCAUCCUGCUGGGCGGGCCUCGGCUCAUGCCGGGCGCCACGCUCGCGGGGUCGGCGACCUGCUGGCUCGUAGCUACCCUCUUGGCUCUCGCUGUAAUCCUCACCUCCGGAACCGAUGCCGGCACGGCCGUGGCCGAUCUGGCCGCGGUGGCACUGGUGAGUGGCGGCAGCGCUGCCGCCUGCGAAAUGGCUGGAGGUGUUCUUCCUUAUUUGGAUGACAACAUGCUCACCAGUUUCGGCACUGGACUUCUGCUGCUCUCCGUGGAUACCAUGCUCCGUGCCGGUGGCUGGCACAGCAACGCUCUUGAGCUGCUUUUGAGCUGA